AAGAAGAAGAAGAAGAAGAAGUGUUGUGUGUGUGUGUGUGUUCUUCUGCAGAAAGCAUGGCUCUCAACUUCCAGACAUCCACCCUUUCUCUCACUUUGCCGAUUUCGUGCCAGAUAUGUCUCGGGAAGGUCAGGCAGCCGGUCAUCUGUGCCAACCACCACGUGUUCUGCUCAUCCUGCAUGGAAAUGUGGUUAAAGAAAGCGAGCCAGUGUCCCAGCUGCAGAGUCCCCAUCACAGCAGAGAGUCCCUGCAGAGAAAUCAUCGGAGGCACAAAUGAGAGUGAUCACAAUGAUAGUCCUUCCAUGAGGAAAUGUCUCAGAAAAACCAGAGGAGAGCUGCUUCUACGAGAGUAUGAGGAGGAAAUUGAAGGGCUCAUCAGAGAAAAUGAGGAGCUGAAAACAAAAAAUGAAAGUCUGGAGUCCCAGCUGAAGACUGCUCUGGAUCCCUGCAGCAUUAAUGUAGUGGAGACAGACGACAGAACAGUCGACCCCUACGUCCUGAACGAGUGGGCCAACAAGCUGCAAGCUGCCACUGAUGUCUGUGAUAAAAUAAAGCAGGACAUGGAUAAACUAAAAGAGGCUAAUAAAGCAUUAAGAUCUCAAAAUGUGGACCUCGUCCAAGAGAAUAUGAGACUGAAGGCAGAGGUUGCAAGCAGAUCUCCUCAGAAGUUUGGUCGUUACACAGUGGCAGCACUGGAGGCAAAGAUCCAGCAGUAUGAGCGAGAUGUGGACCAGCUGAAGAAGGCUCUGGACCGCAGCGACCAGUACAUCGAGGACCUGGAGUCUCGGGUCAUUAAGUCUGAGAAGAGACAUCCUGCAGGGCCGGAAGCAUGCAAGAAUCAUAAAGCUGACUCAGAAGUUCUCACACAGCAACAGAAAAUCAACAUGAUGAUGAGAAGCUUGAGUGACAAUGAGAGAGAGUCGAUCUGCAGCAACCCAGUGGCAGACGGUCCGGUGUUUUCACGAAAUCACAGUUUAAUAUUUGGACCAUCUGCAGAUCAGAAAGAAUCCAGAAACCAGAAAAGUGACGACAUGGAGAGCACUUCCUCUGACUUCCUGCCCACCACGCCGUCCUCCGCCUUCCGCUCCCUGACUCUGAGGAGCCCUGGCGUCCGGGAAAAGAGAGUCGCGUUUAAACCUGCGUCUUAUCUGAGGAGGCUUGACUUUGAAGAGUUCCCUAGUCCUGGCAAGAGUAGCAGCACCACGGAGAACCAACUCAGCAGCCUUGACAAAUUCGCAAAAGGCUUGCCUACAAAUACUGAAGAGGAACCCCCAAAGUCUGCUUUCUGGGGUGGCUGGCAGAGAUCUAAGUCUACUGAGGAGUCGUGCCCCGGUCCAAGUGAUGAGAGCCCAGUUAAAGGAGCCACGCCCACUAGUCUUGUAGGUGACCAGCCUGCUGGUCUCCAGAUGUCCAGCGAGGCCUCCAUGGAUGCAGCUUACCUCGACAAGAUCUCUGAGUUGGACUCCAUGAUGCUGGAUGGAGAGAGCUCCAGUAGCCGGGGGUCUCAGCUGUCCCUGGCCUCCUCACCUCCCACAGACCUGGACAACACUCUGGUCCCAGAAACACCAACCUGUCCAGAGACCUUGUCCAGCCGUGGUACCAAACCUGUUCUACAGGGAGACCAGGAGACCCGACCACCACAUGUCCCCAUGGGGGGCACCUUGAAUGACAAAGAGGCUCCUAAAGGCUCUGCAGAGGAAAGUUCUCCAACAAUGGCUUCACAGACUGAGAGCGGGGCCCACGUGGUUGAGAGGCAGCGAGGACCCUCUCAGAGUGACGAACUGUCUUUUGAUUUGCUGUUUGAUUCCCUGGAAGAGAACAAGGCCGGUCCCUCUGGCUCUCUCAGUCCAGCAGGCCAAGACCCUGAUCAUGUGAACCCUUCCUCCUCGUCCUCCUCCCCCAGCUGCACCGCUAAACCUGUGAACACAACCAGAGACAGACAUGGACUGACCAUCAGCCAGCCGACAAAGAGGAAAUCUCACAGUCCCUUUAACACGAGCAGUCCCACAAAACUUUCAAAGCUGAUGUGAAGGUUUAAAAAACAACAACCUUUGUGUUCUCACCGCACUCUAAUGUUUGUCAGGCUGGAAACUUAUAAAUAAUAAUAAAUAUGUGAAGGUGAUGCUCUGGUGUAAGUUAAAGUAAUUUUGUCUCUUGUUACAUUUUAUGAAUUAAGACAAAAUAUGAAACAUGAGGUUGGUCAGAUAGUUUGUGUAGUCAACGUGUAUCUCUGUGGCAGCAAAGUGCCUUUAAGGCAAAAAAAACACAUUUAUGAGCUGUUCUUGUUAUACUGUAGAGCAUCAGUUAUGGAGCUGAGGCAUUUUUCAAACACACUUUAAGCCUUCUUGUAUGUGUCAUUUUUUCUUUCAUCAAUUUACUCAGUCAACAUGAUCGUCACGGUAAUCUUUUCAUGAUUACAUUUGUUACUGAACAGAUGAACAGGCUAUCAUGAAAAACUGAUAUUUUGAAAGAAGUAUUGAAAAAAUGUAAGUGUGUUAGGAAAUAAAUUGGUAAGGAGAAACCAUGUAUGGAACUUUUUC